AUGACAGCGCGUCUGCCUCGAGCAGCAUGGAGGUGUCGGACCGCAUCGCCUCUCUGGAGCAGCGCGUGCAGAUGCAGGAGGAUGACAUCCAGCUGCUCAAGUCUGCACUGGCCGACGUGGUUCGGCGGCUGAACAUCACAGAGGAGCAGCAGGCUGUGCUCAACAGGAAAGGACCUACCAAAGCAAGACCACUGGUGCAGACCCUGCCUUUAAGAACCACUGUCAACAAUGGCACCGUGUUACCAAAGAAACCCAGUGGCUCUCUGCCGUCCCCCUCAGGAGCCAGGAAAGAAACCACCGCACUGGUGACCAAAAGCAGCAUCAAGCGGACCAGCUCUUCCGAACGUGUGUCCCCUGGUGGCCGGAGGGAGAGCUCUGGGGACUCCAAGGGAGGCCGGAACCGCACAGGCUCCACCAGCAGCUCCUCCAGUGGCAAGAAGAACAGCGAGGGCAAGCCCAAGGAGCCUGUAUUCAGUGCAGCCCUUCUGUCCCUGUCUCCGAAAUCCCAAGGGAAGCGCCGGGUGACGCACUGCAAAGAAGAAGGAUAUGUAAAAAUGUUUCUUCGAGGACGCCCUGUUACCAUGUACAUGCCCAAAGAGCAAGUGGAUUCUUACAGUUUGGAAGCAAAAGUAGAACUACCAACCAAGAGACUGAAGCUGGAGUGGGUCUACGGGUACCGCGGCCGCGACUGCCGGAACAACCUGUACCUGCUGCCCACUGGCGAGACGGUGUACUUCAUCGCGUCGGUGGUGGUGCUGUUCAACGUGGAGGAGCAGCUGCAGAGGCACUAUGUCGGCCACAACGAGGACGUGAAGUGCCUAGCGGUUCAUCCUGACAGGAUCACCAUAGCCACCGGACAAGUUGCAGGCACAUCGAAGGAUGGCAAGCAAUUACUCCCCCACGUGCGCAUCUGGGAUUCUGUGUCACUGAACACACUCCAUGUCAUCGGGAAAGGCUUUUUCGACCGGGCUGUCACCUGUAUUGCAUUUUCAAAAUCCAAUGGAGGAAGCUACCUGUGUGCUGUGGACGACUCCAAUGACCACUUGCUGUCUGUGUGGGACUGGCAGAAGGAGGAGCGGCUGGCUGAUGUGAAGUGUUCUAAUGAAGCGGUAUUCGCUGCGGAUUUCCACCCCACGGACACCAGUAUCAUAGUUACUUGCGGAAAAUCUCAUCUCUACUUUUGGACACUAGAAGGAAACUCCCUGAUUAAGAAGCAAGGAUUGUUCGAGAAACAAGAAAAGCCAAAGUUUGUCCUCUGCGUGACAUUUUCUGAAAACGGUGACACCAUUACUGGAGAUUCGAGUGGCAACAUCUUAGUAUGGGGAAAAGGUACGAACCGAAUAAGCUAUGCGGUUCAAGGGGCCCACGAGGGUGGCAUUUUUGCACUUUGUAUGUUAAGGGAUGGCACGCUGGUGUCAGGAGGAGGGAAGGACCGGAAGCUCAUUUCUUGGAACGGGAACUAUCAAAAACUUCAUAAAACUGAGAUUCCCGAACAGUUCGGCCCCAUCCGGACAGUGGCCGAAGGGAAGGGUGAUGUCAUCUUGAUAGGCACAACGAGAAACUUUGUCCUGCAGGGCACCCUGUCCGGGGACUUCGCACCCAUCACCCAGGGUCACACCGAUGAGCUCUGGGGGCUGGCUGUCCACGCCACCAAGCCUCAGUUCCUGACCUGCGGGCACGACAAGCAUGCCACCCUCUGGGACGCCGUGGGGCACCGGCCUGUUUGGGACAGAAUCAUAGAGGAUCCAGCUCAGUCUUCUGGUUUUCAUCCUUCAGGGUCUGUGGUUGCAGUUGGAACACUCACUGGGAGGUGGUUUGUGUUUGACACGGAAACGAAAGACUUGGUCACCGUGCACACGGACGGGAACGAGCAGCUGUCGGUCAUGCGCUACUCUCCAGAUGGGAAUUUCUUAGCCAUCGGCUCUCACGACAACUGCAUCUACAUAUAUGGAGUCGGCGACAACGGGAGGAGAUACACCAGGGUGGGCAAGUGUUCGGGCCACUCCAGCUUCAUCAGCCACCUGGACUGGUCCGUGGACUCGCAGUUCCUCGUGUCCAAUUCCGGAGACUACGAGAUCCUCUACUGGGUUCCCUCGGCUUGUAAGCAAGUCGUGAGUGUGGAAGCCACGAGAGACAUCGAAUGGGCCACCUACACCUGCACUUUGGGAUUCCACGUCUUUGGAGUGUGGCCAGAAGGCUCGGAUGGAACCGACAUCAACGCUGUCUGUCGGGCCCAUGAGAAAAAGCUCGUGUCGACCGGCGACGACUUCGGCAAAGUGCACCUCUUCUCGUACCCCUGCUCCCAGUUUAGGGCGCCGAGCCACAUCUACGGCGGCCACAGCAGCCACGUCACCAACGUGGACUUCCUUUGUGAAGACAGCCACCUCAUCUCCACGGGCGGGAAGGACACAAGCAUCAUGCAGUGGCGGGUCAUUUAACCCCGCACGAGCUGGAGAGCGGUCAUGCCCAAGAAGACAGAUUUGAGUUCUGCUUGGUCACUGUGAUUUCUGUUUUGACUAAAAAUUCUUACACACCUCAGGAAAACAAUCUCUCUACCGGUUACCUUAGCUUAGGGAGUCAGCGAGUACCACAUCGGAUAAGCAGCGCAUUUCCGCUUCCGUUGUAUAAUAGAUGAAGCACGGAAUAGAGCAGGUCCCUGGGUUCACAUUACAAUGCCAUCCACGGGAGGGACUAGUGAAUCCUUAGCAUCUUUUCUAUAAACUGUUCAAAAAUGGUCACAGAAUGCCUUUUAAAAUACUGUAUAUAGUCUUCACUGUUUCACCAUCUCGCUUGCUAAGUCAGAUAUUUAUGAUAAUAAUGAGGUACUGAAUGCUGAUCACUGUUGACUAAUGGUCCUAAAAGGAUAAAUCAUUUGAGAAGAGAGUGAAUCAGUGAUUCGCAUAGCUGAGUCAGGAAAUGCAAAUGUGAGACUUUCUUUGGUUACAUUUUCUAGGAUUUCAUGAAACUCUUACUUUGGGAGGCUGGCAGGCCAGGGUUGCAUUGUUCCAUGAGCAGACGAAUCUGACCAUUGCAGCAGGGUGUACAGGGCUUCCGUUUCCAGUCACACUGCCCUGCUGCCCCAGACACAGGCACCCGUCCUGCUCACAUGCCCCGAUGAAUGCAAGACAUUUCGCCGCUUCCUCUGUAUAUUAAUGGCAUGACAUGGUAUUGUACUUGUAUAGCGUGUUAGCAACUCAAAAUAAAUACCUAAGGCCAGGUUUUACUGCUUUAUGCUAUGGACACUGUACAUUUGUAUUUUACAACGAAGCAGACCAAGUGAAGAAGAAAUCUCUUCAGUAUACCUGCGGAGAGGAGAGGUCUCAAAAGGCUGCGGGCACGAAGGGCAGCUUCUCGUCCCGUCUUUUGUGCGUGGACGGCUCGGUUCAGUAUGAAACAAGCCUGUGUUCCGAUGAGUAGAACGUAGGUGGCAUAAACUUGUCAAGAAGGCCUUAUCCAUUGUGUGACAGAUUGAAAUUUAUUGUUUACAUUGGGGAAUGUAUCUCAGAUUUUUAAUAGAAAAGUAAUAAACAGACUUAAGAACAAAUAUUAAAAUUUUUACUCGUUCUAAGCAAGUGGAUGAAUUCAAUUAUCCAAACUCUACAGCACUGGUUGUUUAGAGUGGCUGAUGACGUGCAACACCUGAAGAUGCUUUUCAUGACAUCUGUAGCCUGCUGGGGAGUGCAGGACACCAGUGAGCAAUGCGUGUUAAAGAUGAAUCUGUUCAUAUGUAUCCUUAUCAAAUAUAUUCUGUAAUGAAAUAAAAUUUGAAAAGUGGAUUUCUUAUUGACCUAUAUUCCUGAAAGCAUAUAAAUUAAAAUAUUUAAAAUUA